AUGGGAAUUUAUAGAUGGUUUACACCCCCACACCUGAAAGAACACAAACAAAGUCCACCUCUGCCCAAUGAUAGGGCAUAUAAAGAACCUAUCCCCAUCAACGAAAAGAAGAUCUUGGACAUCAAAAAAGUCAUGUGUCAUACUCAUGGUGAAAUUUUACCAUUACCAUAUGACAUCAUGGAAAACAACAAAUAUGGAAAACGAUGA